CUUGACGAUCGAGGCUUGUGAGACUACAACAAUAUUAUUGGCGACGAGGUAGCAAAGGUAAAGCGUGUGAAACCGCAGAGAAACACUCUUUGCAAGUGAACAGAGUUGAGUAUUUUUGACUUGAGAUAUGUGGGGUAUACGCAAGAGAUCAUAUCAAAUGAGACAGAAUCAAUUAUGGGAAGCUGUCAAAAUAAGUGACAUACAGACGGCCAUGCGUCUUCUAAAGAUGGAAGUUAAUAUCAAUGGGCGUGAUAAACAUGGAAUUUACACUCUUUUAAUGAAAGCGUGCUGGAAUAAUGACCCGAAGAUGGUCGAGUUGUUGGUCACUAACUCAGCAGAUAUUAAUGAGACGAGCGGCAAGGGGGGCUGGACCGCUUUGAUUAUAGCGGCAGCCAAUGGACGAGAAGAAAUAGCGUCAGAGCUAUUGAAGGCUAAAGAUAUUAAUAUUAUGCAGAGAGACAUUUUUGGGAGGACAGCCAUUCAUAUCGCUGCAAGAUGCAAUCACGAUACUAUUGUAAAGAGACUUCUGUCUCGUUCUACUCCUGUUGAUGUAAUCGAUAAUGAUGGUUGUACGCCGUUGUGGUAUGCUGCCUAUAAUGGUGCUGCACGUUGUGUUACUGUUCUUCUAAAGCAUGGAGCGUGUCCUCAAUAUGCAAGUAAGAGUGAAGUAUCUCCAGUGCAUAUUGCUAAGGAACGUGGUCACAGGCGUGUAGUUGAGAUAAUGGAAAAAGCUAUAAGAUUGAGAUGUCAUCCUUAUGUGCUGUCUCACAUGACUGUUACGAGGCAGCAAGACCAACAGAAAAUUGCUGAUUUGCAAAGAGAAGUCGAAAACAUGAAAGAAGCAUUGACACAAUCAGUCAGUGAGAUUGAAGUGACUACUGUAAAUGAGAUUCAGCAAAGAGAGGAGGUUGCUGAAAGCAACAUGUCUGAUGAAUCUUGGUUGCUGUCACAGUCACCAGAAGAUAUCAUGUAUGCCGUUAGGGCGCUUGGAUGUGAUCAAUGGAGUGAUGUUGGACUCGAGUUAGGCUACACAUUGCCUGAACUUACCUCCCUUACCUCUACAAUUACUGCACCUCACUGCAAGCUGCAUGCUAUACUUAUAGCAAAAGCAGCUGCUGUUGGUGCCAGCAAUAUUGUUCUUACAAUCUUGCGGGCUUGCCAGCGUAUUGGCUUUCCAAUUUGUGCUGCUACGAUCAAGGAUGAAGUCAUUAGACGUCAUCAGAGACUAAGAACACAGACUGGUGGGCAACACUUGACUUGGUGACUUUGUUGUCUAGCUGCAUGCAUAGCUGUUCGAGUGAGGCGCUAGCCUGACUGACAAAAGCGAGUCAGAAUGUGAAAGAAUAAAUCGAAUUUUUUACUUG